AUGGCUCAUGCAGCCUCACAAUUAAAGAAGAACAGGGAUUUAGAGAUCAAUGCCGAAGAAGAGACCGAGAAGAAAAGGAAACACCGCAAACGGUCCCGGGAUCGGAAGAAAAAGUCUGAUGCCAAUGCAAGUUACUUAAGAGCAGCUCGAGCCGGACACCUAGAAAAAGCUCUCGACUACAUAAAAAAUGGAGUCGACAUCAACAUUUGCAAUCAGAAUGGGUUGAACGCUCUCCAUCUUGCUUCCAAAGAAGGCCACGUUGAAGUUGUUUCUGAGCUGCUACAGAGAGAAGCCAAUGUGGAUGCAGCCACAAAGAAAGGUAACACAGCAUUGCACAUCGCAUCUUUGGCUGGGCAAGCAGAAGUGGUCAAGGUCUUGGUUACAAAUGGAGCCAAUGUCAAUGCACAAUCUCAGAAUGGUUUCACACCAUUGUAUAUGGCCGCCCAGGAAAACCACCUGGAAGUUGUCAAGUUUCUACUUGACAAUGGUGCAAGCCAGAGCCUUGCCACUGAGGACGGCUUCACCCCAUUGGCAGUCGCGUUGCAGCAAGGUCACGACCAAGUAGUUUCCCUCCUGCUAGAAAAUGAUACAAAAGGGAAAGUGCGUCUUCCAGCUCUUCACAUCGCUGCCCGCAAAGAUGACACGAAAGCCGCCGCCCUUCUGCUGCAGAAUGACAACAACGCAGACGUGGAGUCAAAGAGUGGCUUCACUCCGCUCCACAUAGCUGCUCACUAUGGAAACAUCAAUGUAGCCACGUUGCUGUUAAACCGAGCGGCUGCUGUGGACUUCACUGCAAGGAAUGACAUCACUCCUUUACAUGUGGCUUCAAAAAGAGGAAAUGCAAAUAUGGUAAAACUGUUGCUUGAUCGAGGAGCUAAAAUCGAUGCCAAAACCAGGGACGGCCUGACGCCACUGCACUGUGGGGCGAGGAGCGGCCAUGAGCAGGUGGUGGAGAUGCUGCUGGAUCGAGCCGCCCCUAUUCUCUCAAAAACCAAGAACGGACUGUCUCCAUUGCACAUGGCCACACAAGGGGAUCAUUUGAACUGCGUCCAGCUUCUCCUCCAGCAUAACGUGCCUGUGGAUGACGUCACCAAUGACUACCUGACCGCCCUACAUGUGGCCGCCCACUGUGGCCAUUACAAAGUCGCCAAGGUUCUCUUGGAUAAGAAAGCUAACCCCAAUGCCAAAGCCCUGAAUGGCUUUACCCCUCUGCAUAUUGCCUGCAAGAAGAACCGAAUUAAAGUAAUGGAACUCCUCCUGAAACACGGUGCAUCCAUCCAAGCCGUGACCGAGUCGGGCCUUACCCCAAUCCAUGUUGCUGCCUUCAUGGGGCAUGUAAAUAUUGUAUCGCAGCUAAUGCAUCAUGGAGCCUCACCAAACACCACCAAUGUGAGAGGAGAAACUGCACUGCACAUGGCAGCCCGAUCUGGCCAAGCGGAAGUCGUGCGGUAUCUGGUGCAGGAUGGAGCUCAGGUAGAAGCUAAAGCCAAGGAUGACCAAACCCCACUCCACAUUUCAGCCCGACUGGGGAAAGCAGAUAUAGUCCAACAGCUGCUGCAGCAAGGAGCAUCUCCAAAUGCAGCCACCACUUCAGGGUACACCCCGCUUCACCUUUCAGCCCGGGAGGGCCAUGAGGACGUAGCCGCAUUCCUUCUGGAUCACGGAGCGUCUUUAUCUAUAACAACAAAGAAAGGAUUUACUCCCCUUCACGUGGCAGCAAAAUACGGGAAGCUUGAAGUAGCCAACCUCCUGCUACAGAAAAGUGCGUCUCCUGAUGCUGCUGGAAAGAGCGGGCUAACUCCACUGCAUGUAGCUGCACAUUACGAUAAUCAGAAAGUGGCCCUUCUGCUUCUGGACCAAGGAGCCUCACCUCACGCAGCCGCAAAGAAUGGUUAUACGCCACUGCACAUCGCUGCGCAGAAGAACCAGAUGGACAUAGCGACAACUCUGCUGGAAUAUGGUGCUGAUGCCAACGCAGUUACCCGGCAAGGAAUUGCUUCUGUCCAUCUCGCAGCUCAGGAAGGGCACGUGGACAUGGUGUCGCUGCUCCUUGGAAGAAACGCAAACGUGAACCUGAGCAAUAAGAGUGGCCUCACCCCACUCCAUUUGGCUGCUCAAGAAGACAGAGUGAAUGUGGCUGAAGUCCUUGUCAACCAAGGGGCACAUGUGGACGCCCAGACAAAGAUGGGAUACACCCCGCUGCAUGUAGGCUGCCACUACGGCAACAUCAAGAUCGUGAGUUUCCUGCUCGAGCAUUCUGCGAAGGUGAACGCCAAGACGAAGAACGGGUACACGCCACUGCAUCAGGCGGCACAGCAGGGACACACGCACAUCAUAAACGUCUUGCUGCAGAACAAUGCCUCCCCCAAUGAGCUCACUGUGAAUGGGAAUACUGCUCUGGCCAUUGCCCGACGCCUUGGCUACAUCUCCGUGGUCGACACUCUGAAGGUGGUGACUGAAGAGACCAUAACCACAACUACCAUCACAGAGAAGCACAAAAUGAAUGUUCCAGAAACAAUGAAUGAAGUUCUUGAUAUGUCUGAUGAUGAAGUGCGUAAAGCCAACGCCCCUGAAAUGCUCAGUGAUGGCGAAUAUAUCUCAGAUGUUGAAGAAGGUGAGGAUGCCAUGACGGGGGACACAGACAAGUAUCUUGGGCCGCAGGACCUUAAGGAGCUGGGCGAUGACUCCCUGCCCGCAGAGGGCUACAUGGGCUUCAGCCUUGGAGCCCGCUCUGCCAGCCUCCGCUCCUUCAGUUCGGAUAGGUCUUACACCUUGAACCGAAGCUCCUAUGCGCGGGACAGCAUGAUGAUCGAAGAACUCCUCGUACCAUCCAAAGAGCAGCAUCUAACGUUCACGAGGGAAUUUGAUUCAGAUUCCCUUAGACAUUACAGCUGGGCUGCAGACACCUUAGACAAUGUCAAUCUUGUCUCAAGCCCUAUUCAUUCAGGGUUUCUGGUUAGCUUUAUGGUGGAUGCAAGAGGUGGCUCCAUGAGAGGCAGCCGGCACCACGGGAUGCGAAUCAUCAUUCCUCCACGCAAGUGUACAGCCCCAACCCGAAUCACCUGCCGUUUGGUAAAGAGGCAUAAACUGGCCAACCCACCCCCUAUGGUGGAAGGAGAGGGAUUAGCCAGUAGGCUGGUAGAAAUGGGUCCUGCUGGGGCACAAUUUUUAGGCCCUGUCAUAGUGGAAAUCCCUCACUUUGGGUCCAUGAGAGGAAAAGAGAGAGAACUCAUAGUUCUUCGGAGUGAAAAUGGUGAAACAUGGAAGGAGCAUCAGUUUGACAGUAAAAAUGAAGAUUUAACUGAACUGCUUAAUGGCAUGGAUGAAGAACUCGACAGCCCGGAAGAGUUGGGGAAGAAGCGGAUCUGCAGGAUUAUCACUAAGGAUUUCCCCCAGUAUUUUGCAGUGGUUUCACGGAUUAAGCAGGAAAGCAACCAGAUUGGCCCUGAAGGGGGAAUUCUGAGCAGCACCACUGUGCCCCUGGUCCAGGCGUCAUUCCCAGAGGGCGCUCUGACCAAAAGAAUCCGAGUGGGCCUCCAGGCUCAGCCUGUUCCAGAUGAAAUUGUGAAAAAGAUCCUGGGAAACAAAGCAACAUUUAGCCCAAUUGUGACCGUGGAACCAAGAAGAAGAAAAUUCCAUAAACCAAUCACAAUGACCAUUCCGGUGCCCCCACCUUCAGGAGAAGGUGUAGCCAAUGGAUACAAGGGGGAUACCACACCCAACCUGCGUCUUCUCUGUAGCAUCACAGGGGGCACCUCGCCGGCUCAGUGGGAAGACAUCACAGGCACGACUCCUUUGACCUUUAUAAAGGAUUGUGUCUCUUUUACAACCAAUGUUUCAGCCAGAUUUUGGCUUGCAGACUGCCACCAAGUUCUAGAAACUGUGGGGUUAGCCACGCAACUAUACAGAGAAUUAAUAUGUGUCCCAUAUAUGGCCAAGUUUGUUGUUUUUGCCAAAAUGAAUGAUCCUGUGGAAUCCUCCCUGCGAUGUUUCUGCAUGACAGAUGACAAAGUGGAUAAAACUUUGGAGCAGCAAGAAAACUUUGAGGAAGUCGCAAGAAGCAAAGAUAUUGAGGUUCUAGAAGGAAAACCUAUUUAUGUUGAUUGUUAUGGAAAUCUGGCCCCGCUUACCAAAGGAGGACAACAACUUGUUUUUAACUUUUAUGCUUUCAAAGAAAAUAGACUGCCAUUUUCCAUCAAGAUUAGAGACACCAGCCAAGAGCCCUGUGGCCGUCUGUCUUUUCUGAAGGAACCAAAGACAACAAAAGGACUGCCCCAAACAGCUGUUUGCAACUUAAAUAUCACUCUGCCAGCACAUAAAAAGGAGACAGAGUCAGAUCAAGAUGAUGAGGCUGAGAAAGCAGAUAGACGCCAGAGCUUUGCAUCUUUAGCUUUACGUAAGCGCUACAGCUACUUGACUGAGCCUGGAAUGAUUGAACGGAGUGCAGGAGCAACAAGAUCCCUCCCUACCACUUACUCAUACAAGCCAUUCUUUUCUACAAGACCAUACCAGUCCUGGACAACAGCUGCGAAUACAGUGCCUGGGCCGGCCAAGUCAGGCUUCACUUCCUUAUCAAGUUCUUCCUCUAAUACGCCGUCCGCUUCUCCAUUAAAAUCGAUAUGGUCUGUUUCGACUCCCUCUCCAAUCAAAUCCACAUUAGGCGCGUCAACUACAUCUUCAGUUAAAUCCAUUAGUGACGUGGCAUCUCCAAUUAGAUCUUUUCGGACAAUUUCUUCGCCAAUAAAAACGGUGGUGUCACAAUCUCCAUACAGUCUCCAAGUUUCCUCUGGUACCCUGGUUAGACCUCCCACAGUCACAGAGGCCACGCCCUUAAAAGGGCUGGCAUCCAACUCUACGUUUUCCUCUCGAACCUCUCCAGUGACUACAGGAGGGUCCCUGCUGGAGAGGUCAUCAAUUACCAUGACACCCCCGGCUUCCCCCAAAUCCAACCUUAACAUGUAUUCCUCCAGUUUGCCAUUUAAGUCCAUCAUUACAUCAGCAACACCGCUGAUCUCGUCGCCUUUAAAGUCAGUAGUGGCUCCAGCCCAGUCGGCAGUCGAUGUCAUUUCAUCCGCUAAAGUCACGAUGGCAUCUGCUCUGUCGUCACCCUUGAAACAGGUGCCCGGACAUGCAGAGGUAGCUUUAGUCAAUGGCUCGGUUUCUCCUCUGAAAUAUCCGUCGUCUUCGACUCUGAUUAACGGAUGCAAAGCCACUGCCACGUUACAGGACAAAAUUUCCACAGCCACAAACUCUGUCGUGAACGCAGCCACUGACACGGUUGACAAAGUAUUUGCCACCACGACAGCGAUGCCAUUUUCCCCACUCAGGUCAUACGUCCCCGCAGCGGCUCCAUCAGCUUUUCCGUCUCUAAGAACUCCUUCCGCAAGUGCUCUCUAUACAUCCCUCGGGCCAUCGCUCUCCGCAACUACCUCCUCUGUAACGUCAUCAGUCAUCACAGUGCCGGUAUACUCUGUAGUCAAUGUUUUGCCAGAACCAGCCCUAAAGAAACUUCCAGACUCGAAUUCACUCACCAAAUCAGCAGCCGCCUUGCUGUCGCCCAUUAAAACAUUGACCACGGAGACACGCCCCCAGCCCCAUUUCAGUCGAACUGCAUCGCCGGGGAAGUCAUGUCUGUUCCUUACGCCCUCCGCCCUAAAGCUGUCCACUCUGUCUUCUCUAUCUUCCAGUCAGGAGAUAUUAAAAGACGUGGCCGAAAUGAAAGAGGACCUCAUGCGGAUGACCGCGAUACUGCAGACGGACGUGCCCGAGGAGAAGCCGUUCCCCGCCGAGCUCCCCAGGGAAGGGAGGAUGGAGGACGAAGAACCGUUCAAAAUUGUGGAGAAAGUAAAGGAAGACUUAGUGAAGGUCAGCGAGAUCCUGAAGAAGGAUGUGUGUGUGGAUGACAAAGGAUCGCCCAAGUCCCCCAAGAGUGACCAGGGACGCUCUCCCGAAGAGGACUGGACCGAGUUUAGUUCGGAAGAAAUCCGGGAGGCCAGACAGGCUGCAGCCAGCCACGCCCCGUCCCUGCCCGAGAGGGUGCAAGUCAAGGCGAAGGCCGCCUCGGAGAAGGAUUAUAACCUGACCAAAGUCAUCGAUUACCUGACCAACGAUAUUGGGAGCGGCUCCCUGACAAACCUCAAGUACAAGUUCGAGGAUGCAAAGAAGGACGGCGAGGAGAGACAGAAGAGAAUUUUAAAGCCAGCGAUGGCUUUGCAGGAACACAAACUCAAAAUGCCUCCAGCCUCCGUGAGGCCGUCCACCUCUGAGAAAGAGCUGUGUAAGAUGGCCGAUUCCUUCUUUGGCACGGAUACGAUUCUCGAGUCGCCAGACGACUUCUCUCAACACGACCAAGAUAAAAGCCCCUUGUCUGACAGCGGCUUUGAAACGAGAAGCGAGAAAACCCCUUCGGCCCCGCAGAGCGCCGAGAGCACGGGGCCCAAACCGCUUUUUCACGAGGUCCCCAUCCCACCUGUCAUCACGGAGACCAGAACGGAAGUGGUUCAUGUGAUCCGGAGCUAUGAGCCCUCGGCCGGGGAGGCUCCCCAGCCCCAGCCAGAGGAGCCCGGGUCCCCCAAGCCCUCGCCCACCUUUACGGAGCUGGAGCCAAAGCCCGCCCCCUCCAGCAUCAAGGAGAAGGUGAAAGCCUUCCAGAUGAAAGCCAACGGCGAAGACGAGGAGUCCAGCCGGGUGCUGGGCAAAGGCGUGCGCGUCAAAGAGGAGACCCACAUCACGACCACCACCCGGAUGGUGUACCAUUCCCCACCGGGCAGCGAGGGCAGCUCCGAGAGGAUCGAGGAGACCAUGUCGGUCCACGACAUCAUGAAGGCCUUUCAGUCUGGGCGCGACCCUUCCAAAGAGCUGGCAGGUCUGUUUGAGCAUAAGUCGGCAGUGCCUCCAGACGGUCACAGGUGUGCGGCUGAAGCCUCAGCCCAACAUGCAGAGAAGGACAGCCAAAUGAAACCCAAACUGGAGCGUAUUAUAGAAGUCCACAUCGAAAAAGGUAACCAAGCUGAGCCCACUGAAGUCAUUAUUAGAGAAACCAAAAAGCAUCCAGAGAAGGAGAUGUAUGUGUUUCAGAAAGACUUAUCCCGGGGAGAUAUUAACCUAAAAGAGUUUCUGCCAGAAAAACACGAUGCUUUUCCUUGCCCAGAGGAACAGGGUCAGCAAGAAGAAGAAGAACUCACUGCCGAGGAGUCCUUGCCUUCCUACCUGGAGUCUUCCCGAGUAAACACUCCCGUGUCCCAAGAAGAAGACAGUCGCCCUAGUUCCGCUCAGCUCAUAUCCGAUGACUCCUAUAAAACACUGAGGCUUCUGAGUCAGCACUCGAUAGAGUACCAUGACGAUGAGUUGUCAGAACUAAGAGGGGAGUCUUACAGGUUUGCUGAGAAAAUGCUUCUGUCAGACAAGCUAGAUGUGUCUCACUCCGAUACGGAGGAGUCUAGCUCAGAGUUACAGGGGUCUGAUAAGCGGGCCAGAGAAAAAGUAGCCACUGCCCCCAAAAAAGAAAUUCUCUCCAAAAUCUAUAAAGAUGUGUCUGAAAAUGGUGUAGGGAAGGUGUCUAAAGAUGAGCAUUUUGAUAAAGUGACAGUGUUGCACUACCCUGGCGAUGUCGGUAGUCCCAAGCAUGCCAUGUGGAUGCGCUUCACUGAGGACAGACUAGAGAGAGGUAGAGAGAAGCUGAUGUACGAAGACAGGGUGGACAGGACCGUGAAGGAGGCGGAAGAGAAACUGACUGAAGUGUCACAGUUUUUUCGUGACAAAACCGAAAAGCUAAACGAUGAACUGCAGUCCCCCGAGAAAAAGCCGCGCCCGAGAAAUGGCAAAGACUACUCUGCCCAGGGUCCCGAGAAGGGCCUGCUCACGGAACUGCUGGCGUCCAACGAGGAGUGGGUUAAGGCAAGGCAGCACGGCCACGAUGGAGCCGGCUUCCCCAGGGCCGAGGAGAGGAGAGCACCCGGUGUCAGCCCCGAGAAGCCGGCUCUUCUCCCCCCGCACGCUGGAGAUGGCAAGUCCCCAGAGGAAGCCAGAGGAGGCGUGGCCCAGAGCAAAGCACCCGAAGGGCCCCAGUCUGGAUUUCAGCUCAAACAAUCCAAACUCAGUUCCAUUCGAUUAAAAUUUGAACAAGGCGCGCACAUCAAAAGUAAGGACGUGUGCGACGAAGACAAGAGGCCGGAUGGCCAAUCCAGAAUCCCAGUUAAAAAACUGCAGGAGAGCAGGCUGCCUGUCCACCAAGCCUUUGCUAGAGAAAAACAGCAGAAGGGCGGCACAGACCUCGCAGAUCAAAGUGGCUCUGUGCAAAACGAUGCUCUGGUAUCGAAAGCUAAAGAUGAGGCUGCCCAAGGCGGCGACGUGGUCAUGAACGAUGUUGGCUCCGAUGAGGCGAUAACACAGAGAACUGAGACACCAAGUAAAGCCAUGCCUGAGCGUUUUUCUGAGCACCAGGCUGCAGACUUAGCGUGUCCUGUAACCUCAGACUUAGCCACUGCUAAGGGACCGUGGGACAAAAAGGUCUUUAGGACGUGGGAAAGUUCCGGAGCCAGUUACAAUAAGUCCCAGAAAGAAAAACUUUCGCAUGUCCUCGUCCAUGAUGUGAGAGAGAGUCACCUGGGCCACCCCGAGAGUCAGAGUGUCGCCCAAAAGAACGAAUUUCUGUCUGUGACUGAGAGAGAACACAGAGUGUUAACCAAUGGCUCUCUCUCAGAAAUUAAGGAAAUGACUGUAAAAUCGCCCUCCAAAAAAGUCUUAUACAGGGAAUAUGUUGUUACGGACGGGGACCGUCCAGGCGGGCCUCCUGAGCAGCCGGCCAGGAGAGGCGAGAGCCCGGCCGUGUCGCAUGGCCCGGUCCGCGUGGCCGAGGAGAGGAACGGGCUGCCUGCUAACGGUCCCCACGCUUUCUGUGAGCCCACGGCGCUUCCGAAACACGCACCUACCCCCAAGCUGUCCCAGUCGAGUCUGAGUAAAGAGACAGUUGAGACAAAGCACUUUAAUUCCAUAGAAGAUGCAAAAGUCACCUACUCAGAAAUCAGCAAAGUGUCCAAACAGAGUUACGUAGGCUUGUGUCCACCUCUCGAGGAACCCGAGACCUCCCCCACCAAAUCUCCUGAUUCUUUAGAGUUUAGCCCAGGCCAGGAGUCGCCCUCUAGUGACGUAUUUGACCACAGUCCCAUGGACGGAUUGGAGAAACUUGCACCCCUAGCGCAGACAGAGGGAGGGAAGGAGAUAAAAACCUUGCCUGUGUAUGUGAGUUUCGUGCAAGUGGGGAAGCAAUAUGAAAAAGAGAUUCAACAAGGAAGUGUCAAAAAAAUCAUAAGUCAGGAGUGUAAGACAGUGCAAGAAACCAGGGGGACCUUUUACACAACCAGGCAGCCGAAGCAGCCUCCCUCUCCCCAAGGUAGCCCGGAAGACGACACUCUAGAGCAAGUGUCCUUUCUGGACAGCUCUGGGAAAAGCCCUUUGACCCCGGAAACACCCAGUUCGGAGGAAGUGAGCUACGAGUUUACGUCCAAGACACCAGACUCGCUCAUAGCCUUCAUACCAGGCAAACCCAGUCCAAUCCCCGAGGUUUCUGAGGAAUCGGAGGAGGAGGAGCAGGCCAAGUCGACCUCCCUAAAGCAGCCCGCGGUGGAGGAAACCCCAGUCGCACGGGAAAUGCCCGAUGAGGUGGGCAGAGACUCUAGCCAAAGGCCUAAAACCAAUCGAGUUGCCUACAUUGAAUUUCCUCCUCCUCCCCCGCUGGAUGCGGAGCACCUGGAGUCAGAGAAGCAGCCUUAUCGCCCCGAGAAGGACGGUGAGCUGAUCGAAGUGAGCCUGCAAGAUGAACACGACAAGUACCAGCUGGCGGAACCGGUCAUCCGAGUGCAGCCGCCGUCCCCGGUCCCUCCGGGGGCCGAUGUCAGCGAUUCCAGCGACGACGAGUCCAUUUAUCAGCCGGUCCCAGUUAAAAAAUACACCUUCAAAUUAAAGGAGGUAGACGACGAUCAAAAAGAAAUGACGAAAUGCAAAGCGGCCACUGCCAAGGCCGGCAACCAGAAGGAAUCGGAAAGUAACGGAUCUGCCAAGGAGAAUGACUUUGGCCUCCCCCUUGACUCGCCUCAGAACGAAACGGCCCAGAAUGGGAACAACGACCAGUCCAUCACCGAGUGUUCCAUCGCCACCACCGCAGAAUUUUCCCACGAUACAGACGCCACCGAGAUCGACUCUCUGGAUGGCUACGACCUGCAAGACGAAGACGAUGGUUUGACCGAGAGUGAUUCCAAGCUCCCAAGUCAGCCCAUGGAAAUUAAGAAAGAUGUCUGGAACACUGAGGGCAUUCUGAAGCCAGCCGACCGCUCGUUUAGCCAGAGUAAACUGGAAGUUAUCGAGGAGGAGGGGAAGGUGGGACCAGAGGAGGAGAAGCCAUGUGCGCAAAGUCCUCCCUCCGGAAAGACUGCUGAUAAGACUGAGCCGAAGUCCGGGGCCCAGUUCUUCACCCUAGAAGGCAGACAUCCCGACAGAUCAGUGUUUCCUGACACUUACUUCAGUUACAAAGUAGACGAAGAAUUUGCCACUCCUUUUAAAACCGUAGCUACCAAAGGUCUAGAUUUCGACCCCUGGUCUAAUAACCGAGGGGACGAUGACGUUUUUGACAGUAAGUCCCGGGACGAUGACACUAAGCCGUUUGGUCUGGCGGUGGAAGACCGCUCUCCAGCAACAACCCCUGAUACAACGCCAGCCAGAACGCCAACUGACGAAAGUACCCCAACUAGUGAGCCUAACCCCUUCCCAUUUCAUGAAGGAAAAAUGUUUGAGAUGACUCGCAGUGGUGCAAUUGACAUGAGCAAGAGGGAUUUUGUUGAAGAGAGGCUCCAAUUUUUCCAGAUUGGUGAGCAUACUUCUGAAGGGAAGUCAGGGGGCCAGGGGGAAGGGGAUGAAACCAUGGUCACGGCCACACCACAGCCACAGGCAGGGGACACCGCUGUAGAAGCCAAUCUAGAGAGAAAUGUAGAGACACCUGCAGUGGAACCUCCCCCCAGCCUCCCGACCAGCGGAGAGGGUCAGGAAGACACAUCCGGUAGCGGCUCCCUGGAGAGAGCGGCAGCGGCAGCGGCCACCAGCACCUCUAAAGUUGACCCCAAGUUGCGCACGCCCAUCAAAAUGGGAAUUUCUGCAUCUACCAUGACCAUGAAGAAAGAAGGCCCUGCAGAAGUACCAGAUAAGCUAGAAGCGGUGGCGACCAGUUGUCAGGGAUUAGAACACGAAGCUCUAAGCAUGACUGCAAAUGCAGCCGGUAGCCAGAUGGGCGUUAGGCCCCAAGAAAGACAUGAUUUUCAACAAGAUAACUUUAAUAACAACAACAAUUUGGAUGCUUCCACCAUGCACACAGAUCACAUGACAAGUCAUGUAGUGCUCCCAGAACAUUCCGCACCCAGAUGUGCCACUGAGAAAGCUAAGCCAGUGAAAGGCUCCUCAGGAAAAAAGCCAGGGCUACCACACGGACACUGCACAAAAGAUAAGCAGAAAGUGCUCGGGGAGCAGCAAAGGACAAAGGAAUCCAUAGGGAUUAGGCGACAAUCCAAACUUCCCAUAAAGGCCACUGCACCAAAAGAUAACCUCCCACCCAACCAUAUGCCAAACCUUAAGGCAAGUAAAACGAAGCAGGUUAGUCCAUCUGGGAAAACCACAACCCUUCCUCCUCCUUCAUGUGUAGAUGGAAAGUCCAGAAUCCCAGUAAAACACACACACAGGGAUAACACAGUCUCAGUUAGAAAAGCAUGUGCCACCCAGAAACAAGGGCAGCCAGAGAAAGACAAGGCCAAACAGCUUCCGUCCAAGUUGCCAGUAAAGGUAAGAUCCACCUGUGUCACCACCACCACCACCACCACCACUGCCACGAGCACCACCAGCAGCAGCAGCACCACCUCCACCACCACAGUGAAAGUCAGGAAAAGUCAGCUUAAGGAAGUAUGUAAACAUUCCAUUGAAUAUUUUAAGGGAAUUAGUGGCGAGACCUUAAAGCUUGUGGAGCGCCUCUCUGAAGAAGACAGAAAGAUGCAGUCCGAGGUGUCCGAUGAGGAAGAGAGUACCUCAAGAAACACGUCGUUGUCCGAGACUUCCCGGGCUGGCAAGCCUUCAGUUACCACGAAGUCUGCUAGAGAUAAGAACACAGAGGCAGCGCCUUUAAAAUCAAAGAGUGAAAAGGCCGGCAGUGAGAGGAGGAGCAGUAGGAGGACUGGUCCACAGAGUCCAUGUGAGCGGACAGAUAUCAGGAUGGCAAUAGUAGCCGAUCACCUGGGACUUAGUUGGACAGAACUGGCAAGGGAACUGAAUUUUUCAGUGGAUGAAAUCAAUCAAAUACGUGUGGAAAAUCCAAAUUCUUUAAUUUCUCAAAGCUUCAUGUUAUUAAAAAAAUGGGUUACCAGAGACGGAAAAAAUGCUACAACUGAUGCCUUAACGUCGGUCUUGACAAAAAUUAAUCGAAUAGAUAUAGUGACUCUGCUAGAAGGACCAAUAUUUGAUUAUGGAAAUAUUUCAGGCACCAGGAGUUUUGCAGACGAGAACAAUGUUUUCCAUGACCCGGUUGAUGGUUGGCAGAACGAGACGUCCGGCGGAAACGUAGAGUCUCCAGCACAGGCGCGAAGAAUCGCUGGUGGGUUACUCGAUCGGCUGGACGACAGCCCUGACCAAUGUAGAGAUUCCAUUACCUCAUAUCUGAAAGGAGAGCCUGGGCAAUUUGAAGCCAAUGGAAGCCAUGCAGAAGUCACUCCAGAAGCAAAGACAAAAUCUUACUUUCCAGAAUCCCAAAAUGAUAUAGGGAAACAGAGUGCUAAGGAAAUUCUCAAACCAAAAAUACACGGAUCCGGUCGUGUUGAGGAACCCGCAUCGCCACUAGCAGCAUAUCAGAAAUCUCUGGAAGAAACCAGCAAGCUUGUAAUAGAAGAGCCCAAACCCUGUGUGCCUGUCAGUAUGAAAAAGAUGAGUAGUAGGACUUGUCCUGCACACGGCAAGCCGAGGCUUAGCCUCCACGAAGAAGAGGCCUCCAGUGGGUCUGAGCAGAAGGGAGAGGAAGCCAAAAACAUUCCUGGUGAAUCUGUCACAGAAGAACAAUUCACUGAUGAAGAAGGCAACCUCAUCACCAGAAAACAGGGAGAAGCUUAUAAAGUGAAGGCAAAGAAAGAAGUCCGACCCGUGGAAAAGAAGAGCUACUCGUAAGAGUGAGCGGUUGGUCAAGGGCGAAUCAUGUGUUUUACUGCCAGUAUUGAGAAAUUUGUGGAAGAAAUAUCAGCAGGAAAGGAAAAUCCGGAGAAGACUACAUGUGUUUGCUGCUUCCACCAUUAAAAUGGCAUGAUUUUUUUUUACGCAAAAAGAAAAAAAAAGAAAAAGAAAACCACUCACGUUUUAAUUUAGCAUGAGCCAAUUUACAGAGCAUGGAAACUCACUUUCAUUUCCAGGAUUGGCACGUGUGCAAUUAGCAAUGCAGUUGUAUAUACAAGAAGCCAUGCUGUUAACAGUUUAUCUCGAGUCAUUUGGUGUCAUUUACAAGAGGAAGAAACUCCUGCCUCCAGAAGGGACAGAAGGAGACGGAAUGAUCAAGUGACAGAGAAACACUAAAAUUACUAAAUCCACAACAGCUCGCCUUAUUUUUCUUGGACCCAAACUGUCAGGGUAUAAACACUAUUUCUUUUUUAAAACAUGGAUCAUUUUGCUGUAAAUACUAACACUGUAUAAAUCCUAACAGAAGAAUAGAAUAAAUGCUGAUAAGGCACUGCCUCUUAGAACACAAACCAGAAUAUCGCAAAUGCAUUUAACCUAACAGGGGUCUCAAGAGACUUCACCCUAGAAGAGGAGG